UUUGAAUCCUUCACUAUGUCUCAGGCCAAAUCAAACGUACACCACCACUCAACACUUAACUAGCGUCCAUAUAUACACAAUUUGAUCAUCCUGCUCAAAACGCGAGUCCAAUUACUUUUACGCAUCUCAUGGAGCAUUCAAGUAAUACACUUCUUACAAUUGUACUACUUUGGGUUUUAACACCAUUCGUCUUAGGAGAUGAAGUGGUACCACGGCAAGUCCUCAAGCCAUACUGUUCACACACUUGUGGAAACGUUAGCAUUCCAUAUCCAUUUGGUAUUGAAGAUGGGUGCUAUUACUUUGUGGAUAAUAACUAUGAUUACAAAUUCGUUUGUAAUGAUACUUAUACUCCACCAAGACUAAUACUUGGUAGAAAUUUGGAGGUGUUGAAAGUUUCACUAGAAGGUGAACUAACCAUUAACAAUCCCGUUUGUUAUGAUUGUUACCAUAACUCAAGCCAAGGCCAGCUCCUUAAAACCAUAUUUUGGAGCUGGGUAAACCUGGCGACCUUUACUAUUUCUAGCACGAAAAACGUAUUAGUUGCCAUCGGCUGCGAUACCAAUGUCUGGUUUACCGGGUUUCGACAUGGAAGACCAUAUUACACAGGCUGCAUGACUCAAUGCGCCAACUUAAACGAUGUUGCUGAUGGUGCCUGCAAUGGGAUUGGUUGCUGCCAAAUUGCGCUUCCUGAAGGAGUUUCGAACAUUACAACAAAUGUUUCAAGUUUUUCGAAUCACAGAUUUGUGCCUUUUAAUCCUUGUAGUUCUGCGUUUCCUGUUGAGAUAGAAACAUUCAAAUUUUAUCAAAGGAAUUUGAGUCAGGACUUAAACUAUUACCGUAGUAAUGAAAUAAAGCUGCCAGUAAUCUUCAAUUGGAAAGUUGGAAGAAACAGUUGUUCAGUUGCUAAAGCACACAGGAAUUACAUGUGUACGGAAAACACAGACUGUUAUGAUUCAGAGUAUGAAGUUGGCUAUCGUUGCAAAUGCAAAGAUGGUUAUUCCGGAAAUCCUUACCUUUCUCAAGGUUGCACAGAUGUUGAUGAGUGUAAGAAUAAUGAUACAAAUGAUUGUGAAAAGCCAGAGUAUUGUUUCAACAUUAAUGGAGGCUACAACUGUCACUGUCCAGAGGGCUACCAUGGCAAUGCGACGAUGACUGAUCGUUGUGUAUCUAAUAGGAAAGCUUGGUUCACACCGGUUCUCGUCACUGCAGGCAUUGGUGGUGGCAUCAUAGCUUUGCUUCUGACUGUGUUUCUCUUGCAUUGGCAACAUGGGAAGAAAGAAAUCAAGAAAAUGCGAGAAAAACUUUUUCGGGAAAAUGGUGGCAUGCUUUUACAUCAAAAACUCUCUGGACAAGAUGAUGAUAUCCUAAAAUUUUUUACUAUAGAAGAUCUUGAAAAAGCUACCGAUAACUAUAACAACGUAAAUAUAAUAGGACGAGGAGGCUUUGGCAUUGUUUACAAGGGUACUAUGCCAAAUAAUCAAGUUGUCGCAAUAAAGAAAUCCAUCAAGGUGGAUCCUAAACAAGCUGAGCAAUUCGUCAAUGAAGUUCUUGUAUUAUCAAAAAUCAACAAUAGAAAUGUGGUCAAGUUAUUAGGUUGUUGUCUAGAAGAUGAAGUACCACUAUUGGUGUAUGAAUUCAUCAGCAAUGGGACUUUAUAUGAGCACUUACAUGAAGCAGUCUGUGCGUCCAUUCUAACAUGGUCGAUGCGCUUAAAGAUCGCAUUAGAUGUUGCUGAUGUGUUGUCUUAUCUACACAACACAAUCUCACCACAAAUUAUUCAUAGAGAUAUGAAGUCGAUGAACAUAAUGUUAGAUGAAAGUUACACUGCUAAAGUAACGGAUUUUGGAGCUUCAAGGUUGGUUCCAUUAGACCAAGGCCAAUUGGCGACGAUGGUGCUAGGAACUUGGGGGUACUUGGAUCCUGAAUAUAUGCAAACGAGUGAUCUAACGGAAAAGAGUGAUGUUUAUAGUUUUGGUGUUGUCUUGGUGGAGCUCUUAACGAGGAAAAAGGCAAUAUCUAAUGAUAGAUCCGAAACUGAAAAAUGUCUCGCGAUGCACUUCCUUCUUAAGAUGAAAGAAGGCCGCUUGUUGGAUAUUCUUGAUAAAAACAUAGUUAAUGAUGGUACUAUUGAGCAAAUACAACAAGUGGCUAAUCUAGCCAAAGGGUGUUUGAUGUUAAAAGGAGACGAUAGGCCUACCAUGAAGGAAGUUUCCAUUGAGCUAGAGACAAUUAAAAGUAAGGGUUCACAUCCGUGGAAUAACAAUGAUGCACAAUUUGAAGAAGAUUGUCAAUUGUUGCUUGGAGGAAAUUCAGGAUCAGGUGCUGGUGGUUGUAGCAGUGGAAUUGAUUCAGACUUGUACAAUCCACAUUCACCUCUAGGAAGUGGCAGGUAAUUACAGAGCUAAAGUGUUGGUCUUAUAAACUAUAAAUUGAUGGUAUAAUUUGAAAUUCAUCAA